ACUCAGAGCUGAGUGGACCAGGCCCAUAUCGCCAGGCUGACCGCUAUGGCUUCAUUGGGGGCAGCUCAGCAGAGCCAGGGCAGUAUAACAAGUCCAGAGACACAAAGGAACUUGCCUGAGGUCACGCAGCAGCUCAGUGACAGAACCAGACUCAGACUCAGGACUCCUGGCUUCUAGCACAGGGCUCUGUCCACCCAGCUUCCUCUAGGAGUUGUCUGUGUCCAAGUCCCGGGGGACUGCCAACCAGUCCCUCCCCCAGCUCACACCUACACACCCCCUUCAGUCUUUCCUGCUUCUGCCCACAUCAGAGCCACAUCCUUUCCUGUCCCCAUGGCAACCACUGGCAACUUCUGGGUGACAGGUCACCCCCCAGUGGCCACCCAGGUUGCAUGAGAGAGGCAGACGUGGGCUCUAGGUAACAGCUGCCCUGCACUGGAUGCGGUGCCAUGUGCUCCCAGGCCCGGUUGCCCUUCCGUGGACCUCAUCCGCCAGAGGGAGAUGAAGUGGGUGGAGAUGACUUCGCACUGGGAGAAGACCAUGUCUCGGCGGUACAAGAAGGUAAAGAUGCAGUGCCGGAAGGGCAUCCCUUCAGCCCUGCGUGCUCGGUGCUGGCCCCUGCUGUGCGGGGCCCACGUGUGCCAGAAGAACAGCCCGGGUACUUACCAGGAACUGGCUGAGGCCCCAGGAGACCCACAGUGGAUGGAGACCAUCGGCAGGGACCUGCACCGCCAGUUCCCUCUGCACGAGAUGUUUGUGUCACCCCAGGGUCAUGGGCAGCAGGGCCUCCUGCAGGUUCUCAAGGCCUACACCCUGUACCGGCCGGAACAGGGCUACUGCCAGGCCCAGGGCCCCGUUGCUGCCGUGCUGCUCAUGCACCUGCCCCCAGAGGAGGCCUUCUGGUGCCUGGUGCAGAUCUGCGAGCUUUACUUGCCUGGCUACUAUGGGCCCCACAUGGAGGCUGUGAGGCUGGACGCCGAGGUGUUCGUGGCCCUGCUGCGGCGGCUGCUCCCGCGCGUGCACAAGCACCUGCAGCAGGUGGGCGUCGGGCCCCUGCUCUACCUGCCCGAGUGGUUCCUGUGCCUCUUCGCUCGCUCCCUGCCUUUCCCUACGGUGCUGCGUGUCUGGGACGCCUUCCUCAGUGAGGGUGUGAAGGUGCUGUUCCGCACGGGGCUGACGCUGGUGCGCCUGGCACUGGGCACCGCAGAACAGCGCCUGGCCUGUCCGGGGCUCCUGGAGACGCUCGGUGCCCUUCGAGCCAUCCCCCCUGCCCAACUGCAGGAGGAGGUCUUCAUGUCCCAGGUGCACGGCGUGGCUUUGUCGGAGCAGGACCUACAGCGGGAGAUCAAGACCCAACUAGCCCAGCUGCCAGCGUCCACGUCCGGGCCGCCCCCACGGCCCAAGGCCCGUCUGGCCGGGGCCCAAGCCAUCUUUGAGGCCCAGCAGCUGGCAGGGGCGCGGGCAAGCACCAGGCCCGAGGUGCCCCGCAUCGUGGUGCAGCCCCCGGAAGAGCCCAGGCCCCCACGGCGCAAGCCCCAGACCCGAGGCAAGACUUUCCACGGGCUCCUGACUCGGUCAAAGGGCCCCCCUAUUGAGGGCCCCCCCAGGUCCCAUCGCGGCUCCACCUCCUUCUUGGACACCCGAUUCUGAGGGUCCCACUACCAUGGACCCCAGUCCCCCGACCGGCUGACGCCACCUCGCAGACGGGCACCGCACUUCGUCGCUGGGGUUUAGUGGCUCAGAGGCCCUCUCUGUCACCAAGUGUCCAUGAGCCAGGAGGUGCCUGCUACCAACAUGAUGACGAUUUAUUCAAAAUGCUUAGGGUCUGCAAACCAGGAACCCGACUAGGCAGUGCCCAGAGUGUCCCGAAGAGGGACGAAGGCAGAGAGCUCUGGAGUACAAAGCACGGCCUGGAGAGGAAUCGUCCUGCGUUCUUGGCUCUGGGUCGGCAGGAGACGGCCGUGUUCCAGACGUCAGGCCGUCUGGGCACGCGAGCAUUCUUUCCUAAGUUCUUCAUUUUUUCCUAAGUCCCGUGUACAGGGAUUUACAAAUCUCCAGGCGUUGACGUGCAAACGAAAAGUUCAGAAGUUUAAGUCCUCAGGCUAAAGUCAAUGGUGUCUUCACGAAGCCGUUGGGCCAGCCCGGCGAUACUGACGCCGUUCUGAGUCAGCUUAGCUCUACGGACUUCAUCCUGUUUUCUUCACUCGUUCCUCACCGCAAACUAUGCCAGGCCCAGGAUGGAGGAAGGUCACAGAUGGGGGUGAGGGGGCCCAAGCCCACCAUUAGCCCAGAAGCAGCACGCUGAAACACCACGGGGGUCUAGGCAGCCAGCUGGGCUAGGGGGCCCCGAGGGACUCCCGGGAGGCCUGGAAUAAAGUCUGAUUGAGCAGAA